GGUCUCUGAAUUGCCGGUUUUGUGGUAAAAAAAUAUUUGUUGAGUGUCUACGCCAGCUUGAUGAAUUGAGAACGAAGGAGUUAUUGCAUGCGUUUGAACUGAUGUCUAAAACUGUAAGAAGUGAUGGUACUUUCGAAUGGAAGAUAUUAUCGGACAAACCCAGCAAAUAUUCCGAAUUUCUUCAAAUGUUCAGCGCUGAUUCAAUAUUCGGAAUAACAUGUCAUUGCUGUGCAACUAAGUUUAACAAGAUAACCACUGAAGUGGAGCACAGAGAAGUAUCCAUUCAGCGAUUGAGUGAAGAAAUCGUUAAAUCUGUCAACAAAUCGAUACAAAACAAAUUGAAUAAUGGUUUAAUUGAUUUAGGUGCAUCAUCUUCAGCUAGUCAUAGUGACAACAAAAACACCAAUCCGAAAAAAACACCGGGGCCACAAAAAAUCACACCGAUAAAUGGUAUUUAUUCAAUUCAUGUUUCUCGUUUGCCGAAAGAUGCUACCUCCGAUGAUGUAACUGCCAUUAUCAUUGCCAACUCUGAAAUUCACACUGAUGCCUUUUCUGUUGAGAAAAUUCCAAACAAACGGUUCAAAGUGAAAAAGCAAUCUGAUGGUACAGCUCAGAAGAAAAAUAAACAAAACGCCGAAAAAAAACGAACAACACAACAUAAUUCUGAUAACAACAACAAUCGGCAAACCAAAGGCAAACCAAAUGCACAUUUUCAACGAGAGCAAAAUGACAAUCAGCGAAAGACACGAUAUUCCAACAGAAAUCAUCGUUUUGAAAAUUUCUCUCGUCCAUACAAUCACAAUCGGAGAUUUCAAAAUCAAAAUGUGUAUAGCCAACGGCUAAGUCAGUGGCAGCAACCUGCUCCUUUUCUGCAGCAACCAUUUUUCCAUCCGCCGUAUGUGAUACCAGGUUUGCAACAAAUGCAUCAUCAUCCAUCACAAAUUCCAAUGCAAAUGCCACAACAUCUACCACCACAAAUGCUAAUGUAUGCACAACCUCAGCCAUUUUAUCACAGUUAAACCCAGCCUUCUCCACCUCAUCAUUCUGUUUAAAUCCACUUUUUGCCACAUCAUUUCACAUUCAGCAGCCACAUCAACAACAUCUAUUCAAUAAUGUAGUUCCAAUGUUGGAUGAAGCUGCAAUGUAUUGCAAUAAUAUGAAUGGCAUCAAAGAUAAAGAAAAAGCGAUAAACUUUCUUGCUGAAGUGCUUGCGUCGUCUUUCCUUUUUUACAUGUUGAGCGAAUCACACCUCAGUCCUGAUGUCGCCUCUUCUGAAUUUUUUCCACAAAAUUUCGAAGUGUUUCGCUGUGACAGAUCUGCGGACACUGAAAAAUAUCAGCGAGUCAAGAAGAAAGGCUGGGGUGGUGUACUAAUUGCAGUAGAAAAAUCGUUGCAACCACAAUGUAUUGGAACAGCCGAACAUCUUGGAGCGGAACAAG